AUGGGUUUCCUUCAUCAAAAACGUCUCAAGUCCUUCAACGGGAUCAAGGGGUACGCUCGCAUAAUAGAACAGAAUGGAAAGAGAGAUGCAAAAAAGGAAUUACUUGGGUUUACACGUAGAUCACUUCUAGAGCCAUGUGUGAACUUGAAAAUUUGUGAUGAGAAACAUUUAUACAUGGUUUGGCUCAAAACAUUGGGUGAGAUCGUACACCACAGGGACAAACCAGCAAUGCGCGUUGUAUAUCAAGGAGCUUCAGUUCAUCAGCGUCUGUUAGUUUCAAGCGAAGUUGCAAGGAGGUGCUUUUUUUGUUGCUUUGAUCCUAUUCUUACAAUUGUUGCUGGACUUAGUGUCUGGGAUCCUUUUCUUUUGACUCAAGAGAAGAAAGACGUGAGUAAUCCAGCUACUUUCACACAAGGGCAUUUUGGUCUUUUCCUGAUAUCUUUUGUAUGUCUAUUUCAGCAUGCUAGUACAACAAUAUCAAGAUUUUCUGCAAAGGAUUAUAGUGAUCAUAUGGCACUAGUGCAUGCAUAUGAAGGACGGAAAGAAGCUGAAAGAGAAGGAUCUGCUUAUGAAUAUUGCGGGAGGAAUUUUCUUUCUGGUCAAACACUUCAAGCUAUGCAUUCUAUAAGGCAUCAGUUUAUCCAUAUUUUGAAAGAUGCUCAAUUAUUUGAGACUAAAUUAGGGAUUAACACUUCAAGCUAUACAUUCUUUAAGGAAUCAGUUUAUCCAUAUUGUUUUUUUUUUUACUCUUGCAGUGCAGCAACAGAACACAACUAUUUAGCAACACCUGAUUCUGCUAAAUGA